GGAUAUGGACCUAGGCGUUCACCCCACCUCCACCCCCGCCCCCGACAUCCCGGCGGGAUAAAGGAGCAGAGGCCGAAAGAGGAGAGAGACCCCGCCUCCCUGGAGAAGAGAAGGCACAGCCCCUGCGGGACAGGGGGUCUGGAAGCGUUGGCUCUAGCAGCAUCUCGGGAAGAAAAUGCAAGCAGAGAAGGGAAGAUGGCUUAGGACUGCCUGGACCCGCUAAUUCUCUCGGUCGCCCGCCCAGGCUUGAGACGCAAUGGGUUCCACAGCGGCCCCGGAGGGAGCGCUGGGCUAUGUCCGAGAGUUCACACGCCACUCCUCCGACGUGCUUGGCAAUCUGAAUGAACUGCGCCUGCGCGGGAUUCUCACUGACGUCACGCUGCUGGUUGGCGGGCAACCCCUAAGAGCGCACAAGGCAGUUCUUAUCGCCUGCAGUGGCUUCUUCUAUUCCAUUUUCCGAGGCCGAGCCGGAGUUGGGGUGGAUGUACUCUCUCUGCCUGGGGGGCCGGAAGCCAGGGGCUUCGCUCCUCUUCUGGACUUCAUGUACACUUCCAGGCUUCGCCUCUCUCCAGCCACCGCACCAGCCGUCCUUGCCGCUGCCACCUAUUUGCAGAUGGAACACGUAGUCCAGGCAUGCCACCGCUUCAUCCAGGCCAGCUAUGAACCUCUAGGCAUUUCCUUGCAGCCCCUGGAGACAGAACCCCAAACACCCCCAACAGCUCCUCCACCAGGCAGCCCCAGGCGCUCUGAAGGACACCCAGACCCACCCACUGAGUCUCGAAGCUGCCGUCAAGGCUCCCCAAGUCCAGUCAGCCCAGACCCAAAGGCCUGCAACUGGAAAAAGUACAAGUUCAUUGUGCUAAACUCUCAGGCUCCCCAAGCAGGGAGCCUGGUGGGGCAGAGUUCUGGUCAACCUUGCCCCCCAGCCAGGCUCCCCAGUGGAGAUGAAGCCUCCAGUAACAGCAGCAGCAGUGAAGAUGGACCCAUGCCUGGUCCCCAGAGCAGGCACUCCCCAACCACCACCACUGCACAGUUUAAAUGUGGAGCUCCAGCCAAUACCCCCUAUCUCCUCACACCCCGGGCCCAAGAAACUACUGGAUCAUCCUCUGAGCAGCCUCCUCGUCCACCACCAGGAAGUGAGUUUUUCAACUGCCAGAACUGUGAGGCUGAAGCUGGAUGCUCAUCGGGGCUGGACCCCUUGGCCCCAGGGGACGAGAACAGACCGUAUAAAUGCCAGUUAUGCCGUUCUACCUUCCGCUACAAGGGCAACCUGGCCAGUCACCGCACAGUGCACACAGGGGAAAAGCCCUACCACUGCUCCAUAUGCGGAGCGCGUUUUAACCGGCCAGCCAACCUGAAAACGCACAGCCGCAUCCACUCGGGAGAGAAACCGUAUAAGUGUGAGACGUGCGGCUCGCGCUUUGUGCAGGUGGCGCAUCUGCGUGCGCAUGUGCUGAUCCACACCGGAGAGAAGCCCUAUCCUUGUCCCACCUGCGGAACCCGCUUCCGGCACCUACAGACCCUCAAGAGCCAUGUUCGCAUCCACACAGGAGAGAAGCCUUACCAUUGCGACCCCUGCGGCCUGCAUUUCCGGCACAAGAGUCAACUGCGGCUGCAUCUGCGCCAGAAACACGGAGCUGCCACCAACACCAAAGUGCACUACCACAUCCUGGGGGUGCCAUAGUUGAGCUCCCACCCAGACGCCACUGGCUCCCUGGGGCCUAGGAAAAUUGCAGGCUUAGGCUUGGCUUCUGAGUCAGUCAUAGGGGUGUGCAAGGCCACUCAGAAACUACUGUCACCUUAAUUUCUUGCUGGGGAGAGCAGGGGUGGCAGAUCCUGGCUAGAUCUGCCUCUGUUUUGCUGGUCAAAACCUCUUCCUCACAAUCCAGAUUAGCUAGAUGCUGGGAGAAAGGAGACUGAAGGAACUUGCUCUCCUUAAGGGAACUGCCCCCUCCCAGACUCAUCUGGUUUAUCUGUAAAUAUAAUUUAUUAAGGCCCUGACACCAGGGCCUUCAUUCUGUUUGCAUUUCCAACUUUCCCUCUCCACAAGUGUGGUCAAAAGUGACCUGAAACAGAUGAGGUUGCUGCUCUGCUGGCAGAGAUUACUAGCACUUGGCUCUCCUUUAGCUUGAGUGUUUUGUAUUUUUGUCAUAAUUUUUACGUUUGGGAUUGUCCUUUUUCCUGUUUGUUUGCUUGUUGGUUUGUCUCUCUGAUUCUACGUCUGGGACCUUUAUUUGUUCUCUGGCAAACCCUGAGAACAUGUAGGGUUGGGUCAGGAAUCCUCUGGUAUUCUGGAUGGAGCAGGUUCUCUAGCAGGCUAGAAAUGGAUAGAAAUCUUUUUGAUGAGUCCAAAAUGUAGACAGUAAAUUCCUCCUGAAGACUGGGAAUGUGGGGACAGGAUUCCCCAUCAUUCUUAGUGGAGGCUGGUAGACUUUCCUGCAAGUUGGCCCAGCACCUAACCUGUACCAUUAAACUGAUCACCUGGGUUUGACUGCACUACAUCUAUCAGAUGCAGCCCACCCAAGGGUUUGAGUUGAGCCCAUAACCCUUCCACUGGGUUGUGUUGUUAGCACUGAGUUCAUAUCUCCAUCUAAGAGACUUGAAGAUCCUUACCAGAGAUCAUGUGACCUUUUCCUACCUGCCCAGUCUCUAAGAAUGUUAUGUCCUCAGGAGAAUUAUAACACUCUACCUUUACUAAAGAGUCAUACUUUAUACUUCAUAAGUACCUGGGUUUGAAUGUUCCUUGGGGUUCUCUUUACCUGAGGUGAGCCCCUUCUUUCUUGAAUGUGUUUUUGGACAGCUUCUGGCAAGUGUCCAGAUUCCAGAAAUUUCUUCUUUAAUGGGUGCUUGGUAAUUUUCUUACCUUAGAAAAUCUGAGUCUGUGACUCAGUCUUCCAUUCCUACAUUCCUGUCUGGGAACAGUGAAUGUACUAAGACUUUACACAAAAAGAAAAAGGGGGCUGAGUUCUAUGCUGGGUUUGUGGUUGUGUGGGAUUACUAUUGGAAUUGCAUAUUUAAGAUAUUUAAAAGACUCCUUGAUGGUUGGCUAAAGGCCCUUUCUCUUUGACCAAGUUGCCAGGUAGUGUUAAGAGGUUGGUUGAGGGCUGCAGUUUCUGGUGUAGACCAUAUAGAUAAAAGUGUUUGGAAUGGAGCUCCCUCUUGGUUAGAUGGAGUGUCUAGAAUGUUGGAUAAUACUCUGAAGCCCUGAUUUAUAUUCCUGAUUCUUGUUGCCCUGGGAGCUACUUGAUUAUAGGAAUUGAUGUCCAGGGUGAAAAUACUUUGCAAUUCCUGGGAUGGAGCUUCCUCAUAAGACAGCCAGCCCUUGGGGCUAUCAUGUGGGGUCUGGUGAGAAAGCUAUUUUUCUCCCUCUUUCUAUUUUACUCCUAUAUCACCUGAGCACAGAAUUGAAAAAAGAAGAAAAGCAGGGGACUGAUGAAAGAAGGAACCAUGAUUUCUGUUCAACAGGCUGGAUGGGCAUGUGGAAAGUGCCGAGGGGUGAGAUGUUAGAUCCUGGAAUAAAGAACUGCCUUUCUGUGCCAA